CGCCGGCCGCCGCCCCGCCCGUUGCAAUUUCACACUCGCAGUCACGAACGAACGACAACAAACACCAGUCGCCGCCCACACGAAGGUCGUCUCGCAACCCUUUAUCGACCGGUUCGGCAGGCAGGUACAUGCAACAUCCUUCGGCACCUUCUGCAGAGAAAAUGCAACCACCAACGGCCCCUCCGACGUACCAUGAAGCUGUCGGAGGCGGAGGAGGACAGCCAGGCUCUGUCGGAUGGAACGUCCCUCACACCGGAGGCGGAGCGCAACCAAUCAUGAACAUCCAGCCUCUGCAUCCGGCGCCGUCCCACACCGUUCCGAGCGGCCCGACUGUCCAGAUGCACGUUGUCAAUGUGGUCAUGGUCGGCCCGAGACCGAUUCACACCACUUGUCCCAACUGCAGCUCUGAAGUCAAGACCACCACCGUCACCACUCCAAGGGCUAUGGCUCACCUCGGCUGCUUGGCUCUGUGCCUGACUGGAUUUUGGUUCUGCUGCUGCCUGCCGUACUGUUUUGAAGCUUGCAAGAGGACGGAGCACACAUGCCCCAACUGCAAGGCGUUGAUCGGCGUCUACAACGGCUAAUAAGGAAUAAUUGAUUCAGCUUUGUCCAAUCAAAAUAUAUAUUAUUUUGUAAUUCACCGUGUAGCACCGGAAACGUAUAUUUAUGUCAAGCAAUCAUGUAACUUGGAACACAAGCCAAAAAUUGAGUUUUGCCAAACCUCGAAACUGCAGCGCCUCUGUCCAUAGUAUUUCCAAUACUAUGUGAAUUUCCUCAUUGUCACUCUUGAUAUUGUUAUACUCUAUAAAUACUAACAAAAUAUAUUAUGUUCUGCCAAAGAACUGUCUCGUAAAGUUGUAAUGCUCGAUUAAUGUGAAUGUUCCUUUUAUUGCCAUGUGAUCUUUAAGAUUUCCAGUAGAAAUUACAUAACCAGCUUAGCUUUUUUGUUUUUCAGCUGACUGAAUCAUGACAUUGGAUUUUUUGGAAAAGUAGGAAUUAUUAUUUUGAAUAAUCGUUUUAAAUUGUUCUGAUCAUGCAUCUGCCAUUUCAUUUUCUAGUAAUUCGAACUGUACAGUAUUUACGGUUGUGAAUACUUAAAUGUCAUUAAAAGGUUCAUAGCUUUUAUUUUAUUUUUUUGUUGCAACUGCGAGUGCUAUAGAAUAUGUGCAAAAUAUUUUACUCUAGUACUUGAUAUAUAAUCACAUUUGUACACUUGAUAGGAUUGAAGAAGAUAAAAUAAAUUUCAACACAAUGUAAAUCCUGAAUCUGAGUGUUUGAAUAAAAUAUCUGAAAUACGAAUGUAAAGCCAAA